GGGACGCCACCCCGCCACCUUACCGCCCCCGCCUCCCUGCAUCUGAUCAUCAACCAGCUGCUAUAUCACCUAGCUAGCCGCCGCCUCCUCCUCGCCCACCAACGUCGCUUCCCCGGCACCUCACCAUGGACACCGCCUCCGUCACCGGUGGCGAGCACAAGGGGAAGGAGAAGACGUGCCGGGUGUGCGGCGAGGAGGUGGCGGCGAGGGAGGACGGGAAGCCGUUCGUGGCGUGCGCCGAGUGCGGCUUCCCGGUGUGCAAGCCCUGCUACGAGUACGAGCGCAGCGAGGGCACCCAGUGCUGCCCCCAGUGCAACACCCGCUACAAGCGCCACAAAGGGUGCCCACGGGUGGAAGGCGACGAGGACGACGGCGGCGACAUGGACGACUUCGAGGAGGAGUUCCAGAUCAAGAGCCCCACCAAGCAGAAACCCCCCCACGAGCCCGUCAACUUCGACGUCUACUCGGAGAACGGCGAGCAGCCGGCACAGAAGUGGCGCCCUGGAGGCCCGGCGCUCUCUUCCUUCACCGGAAGCGUGGCUGGGAAGGAUCUGGAGCAGGAGAGGGAGAUGGAGGGUGGCAUGGAGUGGAAGGACAGGAUCGACAAGUGGAAGACGAAGCAGGAGAAGCGGGGCAAGCUCAACCGCGACGACAGCGACGACGACGACGACAAGAACGACGACGAGUACAUGCUGCUCGCGGAGGCGAGGCAGCCGCUGUGGAGGAAGGUGCCGAUCCCGUCGAGCAAGAUCAACCCGUACCGGAUCGUGAUCGUGCUCCGGCUGGUGGUGCUCUGCUUCUUCCUCAAGUUCCGGAUCACGACGCCGGCGAUGGACGCGGUGCCGCUGUGGCUGGCCUCGGUGAUCUGCGAGCUGUGGUUCGCGCUGUCGUGGAUCCUCGACCAGCUGCCCAAGUGGUCGCCGGUGACGAGGGAGACGUACCUGGACCGGCUGGCCCUCCGGUACGAGCGCGACGGCGAGCCGUGCCGCCUGGCCCCGAUCGAUUUCUUCGUCAGCACGGUGGACCCGCUCAAGGAGCCGCCCAUCAUCACCGCCAACACCGUGCUGUCCAUCCUCGCCGUCGACUACCCCGUCGACCGCGUCUCCUGCUACGUCUCCGACGACGGCGCGUCCAUGCUGCUCUUCGACACGCUCUCCGAGACCGCCGAGUUCGCCCGCCGGUGGGUCCCCUUCUGCAAGAAGUUCACCAUCGAGCCCCGCGCCCCCGAGUUCUACUUCUCCCAGAAGAUCGACUACCUCAAGGACAAGGUCCAGCCCACCUUCGUCAAAGAACGCCGCGCCAUGAAGAGAGAGUAUGAGGAGUUCAAGGUGAGGAUAAACGCGCUGGUGGCGAAGGCGCAGAAGAAGCCGGAGGAAGGGUGGGUGAUGCAGGACGGGACGCCAUGGCCGGGGAACAACACGAGGGACCACCCGGGGAUGAUCCAGGUGUACCUGGGCAGCCAGGGCGCGCUCGACGUCGAGGGCAGCGAGCUGCCGCGGCUGGUGUACGUGUCCCGCGAGAAGCGGCCCGGCUACAACCACCACAAGAAGGCCGGCGCCAUGAACUCCCUCGUUCGCGUCUCCGCCGUGCUUACCAACGCCCCCUUCAUCCUCAACCUCGACUGCGACCACUACGUCAACAACAGCAAGGCCGUCCGCGAGGCCAUGUGCUUCCUCAUGGACAAGCAGCUCGGCAAGAAGCUGUGCUACGUCCAGUUCCCCCAGCGCUUCGACGGCAUCGACCGCCACGAUCGCUACGCCAACCGCAACACCGUCUUCUUCGACAUCAACAUGAAGGGGCUGGACGGGAUACAGGGGCCGGUGUACGUGGGGACGGGGACGGUGUUCAACAGGCAGGCGCUGUACGGAUACGACCCGCCGCGGCCGGAGAAGAGGCCGAAGAUGACGUGCGACUGCUGGCCGUCGUGGUGCUGCUGCUGCUGCUGCUUCGGCGGGGGGAAGCGCGGCAAGUCGCACAAGAACAAGAAGGGCGGCGGCGGCGGCGAGGGCGGCGGCCUCGACGAGCCGCGCCGCGGGCUGCUCGGGUUCUACAAGAAGAGGAGCAAGAAGGACAAGCUCGGCGGCGGCGCGGCGUCGCUCGCCGGAGGGAAGAAAGGGUACCGGAAGCACCAGCGCGGGUUCGAGCUGGAGGAGAUCGAGGAGGGCCUCGAGGGGUACGACGAGCUGGAGCGCUCGUCGCUCAUGUCGCAGAAGAGCUUCGAGAAGCGGUUCGGCCAGUCGCCGGUGUUCAUCGCCUCCACCCUCGUCGAGGACGGCGGCCUCCCCCAGGGCGCCGCCGCCGACCCCGCCGCCCUCAUCAAGGAGGCCAUCCACGUCAUCAGCUGCGGCUACGAGGAGAAGACCGAGUGGGGCAAGGAGAUUGGGUGGAUCUACGGGUCGGUGACGGAGGACAUCUUAACGGGGUUCAAGAUGCAUUGCCGUGGGUGGAAGUCGGUGUACUGCACGCCGGCGAGGGCGGCAUUCAAGGGGUCGGCGCCCAUCAACCUGUCGGAUCGUCUGCACCAGGUGCUCCGGUGGGCGCUCGGCUCCGUCGAGAUCUUCAUGAGCCGCCAUUGCCCGCUCUGGUACGCCUAUGGCGGCCGCCUCAAGUGGCUCGAGCGCUUCGCCUACACCAACACCAUCGUCUACCCCUUCACCUCCAUUCCCCUCCUCGCCUACUGCACCAUCCCCGCCGUCUGCCUCCUCACCGGCAAGUUCAUCAUCCCCACGCUUAACAAUUUGGCGAGCAUAUGGUUCAUAGCGCUUUUCCUGUCGAUCAUCGCGACGGGGGUGCUGGAGCUGCGGUGGAGCGGGGUGAGCAUCGAGGACUGGUGGAGGAACGAGCAGUUCUGGGUGAUCGGCGGCGUGUCGGCGCACCUGUUCGCCGUGUUCCAGGGCCUCCUCAAGGUGCUCGGCGGCGUGGACACCAACUUCACGGUGACGUCCAAGGCCGCCGCCGACGAGACCGACGCGUUCGGCGAGCUCUACCUGUUCAAGUGGACGACGCUGCUGGUGCCGCCGACGACGCUGAUCAUCAUCAACAUGGUGGGGAUCGUCGCCGGCGUGUCGGACGCCGUGAACAACGGGUACGGGUCGUGGGGCCCGCUGUUCGGGAAGCUCUUCUUCUCCUUCUGGGUCAUCCUCCACCUCUACCCCUUCCUCAAGGGGCUCAUGGGGAGGCAGAACCGGACGCCCACCAUUGUCGUGCUCUGGUCCAUCCUCCUCGCCUCCAUCUUCUCCCUCGUCUGGGUCAGGAUCGACCCCUUCAUCCCCAAGCCCAAGGGCCCCGUCCUCAAGCCAUGCGGGGUCUCGUGCUGAGCUGCUGCUGCUACUUCUCUGUGUCUCUGCAUUUUGCAAGAGGGAUGACCGGAUGGAUGAUUCUUGUUGUAUGGAGUAUUUUGACUUGUUCAUGUACAAGUUUUUGUGAGUGGGAUAAAAGUGUUUUGGGGGUAAAAUUUGUAAGAACUGAGGUGGAGAUUAUACUCGAAUUUAAGAACAAUUGUUUUUGAAUUUUCUUUUAA